UCCUGCUUGCUGGUAGACCUCUCUUUAGUUCUUAAGUUUCGGUUAAUAAAUGUUGGCUAUUUUAACCAUUAUUAUGUCUAUAAAGAUAAGAGAUAAAUUUUCGUUAUACAUUAUGAUUUAAAAUGUAAUAUUGCAAGCUAGAACUUUGUUCAAAUUUGAACUCAAACAUGGAUGUAAUUCAACCUCAAUUCAUCUGGAUUGAUAACAGAUGCUACCGUAAAAAUCCACUUUCUUCAUUGUAUGCUGAUGUGAAUAAUGUUCCUUUGACAGAUAUUGAAGAGAAAGGAAAACAUCUAGGAUCAUUUGAAACUUCUGAGUAUGAUGACGAAGGGGAUGCUUGUGAAUUGGCAAAUGUACCAAUGGAGCAACUUGGAGAUGGAAGAUUUCGUGUAAAGAUGAACAUAGCAAGUGAAUACCAUUCAAAAAUAAUUGGGAGAAACGGAGAUUCUAAGCGGCAAAUUGAAAGAGAUACCAGGGUCCAGUUAUUUAUUCCUAAGAAAGGCCAAUCUGGGGAUGUUGCUAUUACUGGGAUGAAUCCUAAGGACGUCACAUCUGCGUUUGUACGGAUCAGUCUUAUAGUAACGAACGCGCGAAAGCGAAUGCCGUUCACACAUUUUGUGUCAAUACCUCUAACCACUCCUGAAAUCAAAAUUCGGUUUCUCCAAUUCAAAAAUUAUGUGCUUCGAUUCUCGCGAGGUGCCAUUGAAGAUGACUUAUUUCAAAAUCCUGAUAAACUUCAUUUCACGAUUGGAACCCUAGUGCUUCUCACCAACAACGACAGAAUUCAAGCUGCACAAUCACUCCAAAAUUGCAAAAGUCGUAUAAGAGAUAUAAUUGGAUCAGCUCCUAUUGAAAUCGAAAUUCGAGGAGUAGAGUACAUGAACGACGACCCAUCGAAGGUAGAUGUCCUGUACGGGCGGUGCAUUGAAAAUUCUGGCCGUCUUCAGCAAUUGGCAGAUGUCGUAGUGAAUUCACUGGAAGCUGAUGGCUUGUUGGAUCGUCAGUAUGAACGCGUGAAGCUGCACGCUACUCUAAUGAACUCACUAUUCAAAGUUAAAGAUGAUUCAGAAGAAAAUGUGCGUUCCACAUUCAAUGCUAAGCCAAUAUUGGAGAACUGGAAAGAUUACAGUUUCGGCUCUGUGACAGUCGAUGACAUUCAUCUUUCGCAGCGAUAUUCAACCUCCCAAUCUACGAAAUAUUACGUAGCUAGCUCACAAAUGGCUUUGAAUCAAGACUUAUGAUUUCCAUCCAACAUCAAUCACUUUGGUAUGUUUACAACAGCUUCUUGACCAAUGAAAGCUAUUUUUAGGUUGAAUUUAUUGAAGGAGUUGAAAUGGUGAUACAUAAAUGUCGUGUCGUCUAUCAGGUCAAUAUAUGGAAAGUGAUGAAUGGUGAA